UAAAAACCUACGUCUUGGCGUCAUGACGUACUCCAAUUAAACCCAGUUAUUGUAAAUGGAUCCACUGGUGCAGCAGCAGCAGCAGCAGCAUGUGCAUGGCUGAAGUGAAAUGAUGUGCACAAGUCAUCUGAACUGAGCUGCAUUCACUCAUAGUUCAUGUUUGAAGGGAUUUCUGGGGAAGUUUUGACGUGACAUUAAUAACCAGUUGCAGAGUUGAGUUUGAUCUUUGCUGACAUCAUGGCUGGAGACGACCACUACCUUCAUACCUCCAACCAGAUAUUUGAUAACAUCAUGAUCGAGCCGUGGGAUUAUCAACAGUUCACCGGCAUGACUCAAACCACGGCGCUAAGGACCGUGGACGGACCGUACCUGCAGAUCCUCGAACAACCCAAACAGCGCGGCUUCAGGUUCAGAUACGGCUGUGAAGGUCCGUCACACGGCGGCCUGCCGGGAGCCUCGAGCGAGAAGAACAGGAAGACCUACCCUGCUGUCAAGGUGUGUAACUACCAGGGUCCGGCCCGUGUGGUGGUCCAGCUGGUGACGGCCGGGACGCCUCAGCCUCAUCUCCACGCUCACAGUCUGGUCGGUAAACAGUGUGAUAAAGGAAUCUGUGUGGCCGACCUGCAGCCCAAAGACUCCAACAUCAGUUUUCCGAACCUGGGCAUCCUCCACGUGACGAAGAAGAACGUGGCGAAGACUCUGGAGGAGCGUAUGAUGGAGGCGGUGAGGAUGGGGUAUAACUGUGGAGUCUCCAUCCACCCAGAGAUCGACGCGCUGCAGGGAGAAGUCAGAGUCCCACGAGAGCUCAGCGAGCACCAGAGGAGUGUGAUCAGUAACGCAGCGAACCUCCAGGCGAAGGAGAUGGACCUCAGCGUGGUGCGUCUCAUGUUCACGGCGUUUCUCCCCGACAGCGACGGAGGAUUCUCCCGACGGCUCGAACCCGUCGUAUCGGAGCCGAUCUACGACAGCAAGGCUCCGAACGCGUCCAACCUGAAGAUCGUGAGGAUGGAUCGGACCGCUGGCUGCGUGACGGGAGGAGAGGAAGUCUACCUGCUCUGUGACAAAGUCCAGAAAGAUGACAUCCAGGUUCGGUUCUACGAGGAAGACGAGGUGGGGGUGACCUGGGAGGCUCACGGUGAUUUCUCCCCCACAGACGUCCACAGACAGUUCGCCAUCGUCUUCAAGACUCCGAAGUAUCGAGACCAGAACCUGCAGAAGCCGACGUCCGUGUUCGUGCAGCUGAAGAGGAAAUCUGACAACGAGACCAGCGAGCCCAAACCUUUCACCUACCACCCUCAGAUCAUAGACAAAGAGGAGGUGCAGAGGAAGAGGCAGAAGACGUUGCCGAACUUCCAGGACUUCAGCGGUCACGGAGGAGGAGGAGGUGGAGGAGGAGGAGCAGGUCUGUACCGAGGAGGAGGAGGCCCUGCUGCAGGAGGAGGCCCCGGCUCUGCAGGAGGAGGAGGAGGAGGAGGAGGUUACUUCCAGAGCUUCUCCACCUACAACUAUGGAGGAGGAGGAGGAGGUGCAGGAGCAGGAGGAGCAGGAGGAGGAGCAGGUUUCCCUACAGGAUACUCAGCUGGUCUGGGAGGAGCUGGAAUCAAACAUGCGGCUCGAGGUGACUCAGCAGACGACAGCGGAGACGACAGCGACCCAGACGAUGACUCGGCGUCGGGGAGCGUGCUGCGAGAUUCAGCCCAGCGAGGAGACUCGGAGGCGGGGGAGAAACCUGAGGAGGGAGGGGUGGUCAGCGUGGAGGAAGAACCAGACACAGUGUGUGAUGAGCGGUUGGUGCAGGUGAGCAGCAGGCAGUUGGAGGCUUUGUUCCAGUACUCAGUGACGGGUGAUUCAGCGUACCUGUUGGCUCCACAGCGCCCUCUGAUGGCCGCACAGGACGAGGACGGAGACACUGGGCUUCACCUGGCCGUCCUCCACAACCAGCAGGAGGCGCUGAAGAGUCUGACUCAGGUAGUUUCUGCUCUGCCUGGAGAGGAGGUGCUCAACAUGAGGAACCACCUGUACCAGACUCCUUUGCACCUGGCGGUGAUCACCCAGCAGAGGGGGGCCGUGGAGGCGCUCCUCUUGGCCGGCGCCGACCCGACUCUGACAGAUCGCCACGGCAACACGGCGCUCCACCUGGCAGCGCAGCAGGAAGGACGAGGAGGGAUGAUCAAGUCUUUACUACGACACAGAGAGCUGAGAGGACUGAUGGACCAGACCAACACAGCAGGUCUGUGUGCGAUCCACCUGGCGGUCCUGGCCAAUCAGCUGACGUCUCUGAGGGAGCUGCUGGAUGACGGAGCCAACGUGGAGGCGGAGGAGCGGAGCAGCGGACGGACGGCUCUGCACCUCGCCACCGAGGCCGACAACGUAUCGCUGGCCGGCUGCCUGCUGCUGGAGGGUAACGCCAGGGUGGACUGCUGCACCUUUAACGGCUCCACUCCGCUCCACAUCGCUGCAGGACGAGGAUCCAUCAAGCUCACGGCUCUGCUGAUGGCUGCAGGAGCCGACCCUCACAAGGAAAACUAUGAGCCGCUGUUCUUCAGUGAGGAGGAGUACUGCGAUGAAGAGGAUGAAGAUGAAGGUUACAUCCCAGGAACGACUCCACUCAACAUGGCGACCACCUCAGAGGUGUUGGACCUUCUGAACGGUAAAGAGUAUGAACUAAAAACUCCCCAAAGAGCCUUCGUCCCCCCUCAAGGUGACCUGGCCAGCCUGACCGUGGAGGUGAAGCAGGAAGUGUGUCGUACUCUGGAGAGUGAAGGAUGCUGGGAGAGUCUGGCUCACAGUCUGGGUCUGGGGAUCCUGAACACGGCCUUCAGAAUGAGCCCCUCCCCCGCCAAGACACUGCUGGACAGCUAUGAGGUUUCCGGCGGGACGGUCAGAGAUCUGCUGGCUGGUCUGAGGUCAGUCGGAGAGUGCAGAGCGCUGAGCGUCCUGGAGGAGGCGCUGUGUCGCCAUGACGACAACAACAAGGAGGAGGAGGAGGAGGAGGAGGAGGAAGAAGAGGAGGAGGAGGAGACGACCGGUGAAGCUCUGUGCGCUCAGGUUCAGGAUCUGAAGGUGGACGUUCGGAUCGACAGCGGCGUGUGUGACAGCGGGGUGGAGCUCUCCACAGCGUAGACGUCUGAUUGGUCCGUCUCCGGGAGGGGAAUCAGGAAAAGCACAACUCAUCUAUCAAUAAUCAAUCAAUCAUCAAUCAUCCAUCAGUCAUCAGUCAUCAGUUCGUCCUCACAUGACGAGUUUCUCCUCACAAACAUUAUAAUCAGAUGUUAAUGUUCCUCACUACACUCCACCAGUUCGGCCACUUAGAUAAAAACCAAUGUUAGAAAGCAGGAGGUCAAACAUGAGGCUCGCGGGCCAGAACCGGGCCGCCGCUUUCCUUCCUGUCUUCCUUCCGUCCAUCUUUCCUUUCUCCUUUUCUUCCUUCUGUCCUUCCUCCCUCCCUCAUUCCUUCAUUCUCUCUUUCCCUCCUUCCUCCUUGUCUCACUUCCUUCCUUCCUCCUGGUCAUCCUCCCUUUUUUCCCUCCCUCCCUCCUUCCUCUUUUCUUCCUUCCUU